CAAUCAUAAAAUUUAUUUAUAAUUUUUAAUAAAUUUUAAAUAAUGUCAAAUUGUAAAGACUUUAACGGAAAAGUGGUUCUCAUCACCGGCUCGAGUUCUGGAAUCGGGAGAGAGAUUGCACUGUAUUUGUCGAGUUUGGGCGCACAGGUUGUCAUCACUGGUAGAGACGAAGAAAGGGUCCAAAUAGUGGCCGAGAAGUGUAGAGAAUUGUCUCAACAGAAAGUGCUGGAAGUGGUGGCGGAUGUGAACAGAUAUGAUGACAUCGAAAGACUCAUCUACGAGACCAUCGAUGAGUUCGGGAAACUCGAUGUUCUCGUCAAUAGCGCC